AUGGACAGGUGGACCGCCAUCCGUACGGGUCGUACUUUCGCCAUCGAUCUGGCAGAAUGCGAUGCACCUCUUCCUAGACAUUAUGCCGAUGGUAUACGAGACGGUGAUUUGACCAGCAAGACGGAACCGAUCUUCCCUUGCUUCCGAUUCCUUAUGGAAUUCACCUCUCUCAGUAGAGUAUAUUGCUCGGCCGAGCUCACCGCUUGA